CCCCGCAGAGAAAACUACGACGCGACGACGCCCUCCCAGCCCCAGCCUCCACCUAUAUAUCCCCCGGCUCCCUCCACGAACCCCCCAACUAUAUCCUACGCACACAACAUCUCCCAGUCCGCAGCUGAAGCGAGCGUAGGCGGUGCAGGAAAUGGACAGCGCGAGCAGCCUCGUGGUGGACGACACCAGCGGCGGCGGCGCGUGCACGGACAAGCUCAGGGCGCUGGCCGCCGCGGCCGCCGAGGGGGCGACGCUGGAGCGCAUGGGCAGCGGCGCCAGCGCGGUCGUGGACGCGGCCGAGCCGGGCGCCGAGGCGGACUCGGGCUCCGUGGGCCACGCCGGCGCGGGCGGGAAGCUGCCGUCGUCCAGGUACAAGGGCGUGGUGCCGCAGCCCAACGGGCGGUGGGGCGCGCAGAUCUACGAGCGCCACCAGCGCGUGUGGCUCGGCACCUUCGCGGGGGAGGCCGAGGCCGCGCGCGCCUACGACGUCGCCGCGCAGCGCUUCCGCGGCCGCGACGCCGUCACCAACUUCCGCCCGCUCGCGGACGCCGACCCGGACGCCGCCGCCGAGCUCCGCUUCCUCGCGUCGCGCUCCAAGGCCGAGGUCGUCGACAUGCUCCGCAAGCACACCUACUUCGACGAGCUCGCCCAGAACAAGCGCGCCUUCGCCGCCGCGACCUCGUCGCUCGCCGGCGCCCACUCCCCCUCUUUCGCGCCCCCCUCUCCCGCGCGGGCGCGGGAGCACCUGUUCGACAAGACGGUCACUCCCAGCGACGUGGGCAAGCUCAACCGGCUGGUGAUCCCGAAGCAGCACGCCGAGAAGCACUUCCCGCUGCAGCUCCCGUCCGCCGGCGGCGAGAGCAAGGGCGUGCUCCUCAACUUCGAGGACGCCGCGGCGGGCAAGGUCUGGCGGUUCCGCUACUCGUACUGGAACAGCAGCCAGAGCUACGUGCUCACCAAGGGCUGGAGCCGCUUCGUCAAGGAGAAGGGCCUCCAGGCCGGCGACGUCGUCGGCUUCUACCGCUCCGCGGCCGCCGCCGGCGCCGACAGCAAGCUCUUCAUCGCCUGCAGGCUGCGGCCCAGCGGCGUCACCGCCUCGACAGCCCCCGUAGCGGAGCCAUCGUCGGCGCCGGUGGCGAAGGCCGUGCGGCUCUUCGGCGUCGACCUGCUGACGGCGCCGGCGCCGGCGCCGGCUGAGGCCAUGGCCGGGUGCAAGAGGGCCAGGGACCUGGCGGCGCCCCCGCAGGCGGCGUUCAAGAAGCAGCUCGUGGAGCUCGCGCUAGUGUAGAUUAAUGCCUUGCUCCCGGGCGACCGAUCACUCUUCUCUCUAGCUAGUCCCUUUUUUCUUUUGCUCGAUCGCCAAAAACUCAAGAUGGUAGCAUCACCGAGCUGAAUUAGUCCCCUCGCGGCGGCGUCUCACCUAGUUGGUUCGUUUGUUAAUUUCCUUUUCAUCGUCUUGCUCUUUUGCUGCCGAUGUAAAUCUUCUCAUCUGUAUACUACUAAUGGAGAAAAAAACAGCCCUAGAACUAGAAGGCUAGAAGAUGAUCAACUGACACAACCAGCAGCAACAUUCCAAGCAGCAUAUAGCUAACCCCUUGUACUAGUGUACUUUGUUGUGCAUCGGUUCAACAAGAGACAUCUCAAAGUUUCAGAUUCCAAUUA